GUGCAGGCGGCGCUGCCGUCGCUCGAGCGCUCCCUGGCGGAGAAGGUGGCGGCGAAGAAUGGCGGCGGCGCCUCGCUCGACGCGCGGCUCGAGGCCGCAAAGACGGACCUCGAGCCGCGUCUCGCCGCCCUCAAGCAGAGCGAGUGCGAGGCGAUGCAAUCGCUGGCGCAGGCGGUCCUCACCUCGGUCGCCGGCGAGCCCGCCGCCGCCGCCGCGCCCGCGUCGGCCGCCGGCAGCGGCGAGGCGUCCGCGGCGCGCUGCGCCGAGCUGCAGUCGGAGAUUGCAAAGCAGCAGGCUGCCGUGGAGGCGAGGGAUGCGGAGCUCGCGUCGCUACGCUCGCAGCUGUCACGAUUACAGCGCGAGGUGGCGGAGAGGGACGGAGGCGGUGGGACGAGCGGCCGGCGCGCGAUCGGCGUCGGCGGCGGGCCGCAGGCGCAGGCCACGCCGGCCCCGCGAGUAGCAAGUGCGGCGGAGGGGGCGAGCGGUUGCCACGGCGCGGAGGUGUCGCCGCUCUACGCGCGCGCGUCCUCUCUCGGCGCCGAGGGGCUGGACAGCGGCGCCACGCCGCGGGGCAACGGGCUGCGGGGCAUACCGACCGACAACCUUGGCCGGAUGACACCGCUCGGGUUGGCGCACAACUCGUCUGGCUCUGGCGCCGACCUCAGCGAGCGCACGGGCGAGAGAUGAGGCGGACCGCGCAGGUGGGGCGGGGGCUUGUGGGCUGAGGGGCCGGUUGGGCGACGGUUUUGGCGGGGCUGCCAAUAGAGCGGAAGGGGCGGGCUAAGCAGGCGGCCGGGUUCCGCUGCGAGCGUUUGGGCCGUGGGCCAUGCAAUGGAGGGGGGCAGAGGGGGGGCAUGAUGGGUAGCGAGGGCUGAUUAGCCAGAGGGCGUGCUCUGGUCCUCUGGACGACCGUGGACGCCACGACUGCCUGAAGUGGGCGGUACGGGUGGAUGCUUUCUCUGAGGGCUAGUCUGAGGGAGUUUUGUUGUGUGAAAUUCAUCACUGG